CGGCGACGGCUAGAGGACACAGUCAAGAUGGCGGCAGUGUCUGGCCUGAUGUGGAGACCCCUUGAACAGGUCUCGGGGCUGCUGAGGAGGCACUUCCACUGGACGGCGCCAGCGGCGCUGCAGGUGACAGUUCGUGAGGCUAUAAACCAAAGUAUGGAUGAGGAGCUGGAAAGAGAUGAGAAGGUAUUUCUGCUUGGGGAAGAAGUUGCCCAGUAUGAUGGGGCAUAUAAGGUUAGUCGAGGCCUGUGGAAGAAACAUGGAGAUAAGAGGAUCAUAGACACUCCCAUAUCUGAGAUGGGCUUUGCUGGAAUUGCUGUGGGUGCAGCUAUGGCUGGGUUGAGGCCCAUUUGUGAAUUUAUGACCUUCAAUUUCUCUAUGCAAGCCAUUGACCAGGUUAUAAACUCAGCUGCCAAGACCUACUACAUGUCGGGGGGACCAAUGGACAUUGAAACAAUAGAAGCCAGUGUCAUGAAGACCAAUCAUCUCAUAACUGUGGAAGGAGGCUGGCCACAGUUUGGAGUAGGAGCUGAAGUUUGUGCCAGGAUCAUGGAAGGCCCUGCAUUCAAUUUCCUGGAUGCUCCUGCAGUUCGUGUCACUGGUGCUGACGUCCCUAUGCCUUAUACAAAGAUUCUGGAAGACAACUCUAUACCUCAGGUUAAAGACAUCAUAUUUGCAAUAAAGAAAACAUUAAAUAUUUAGUUUGGACUUGAAUUUCAAGUCAUUGGGAUUUACUUAAAAUACUUGCUGUCACCUCACCUGGAUUGUACUGUAAGACCUCACGAUUCAUAAAGUUAUCCUUAAAGCAACAAGACAAAUGUUUUUGUACUUGGAAGAAGUUUAAAUGUGCUUGUAUGUGGAAAAAUUCUUCUCUCCUGCCCUAGACUCCAUGGGGUUUUUUUUGGUCUCUUACAAUUACCAUGUUCUUUGAAUAAGGCUAAUGUAAAAUUUUACCCUCUCACAAGGACAAGGUAUGAAUGUGGCAGAGUUCUACAGAAAGAUGUAUCCAAAAAUGACAACUUGUAUGUAAAGAUGAAACCUAUUAUCUACAUUUGCUGUUAGAUUGUUUUGAUAAGGAAUAAAGGAGUUCCUAAUUAUAAAAA